AUUCACUCUACGGUCUCUACCAGCUUGUGUGUAUAUUGAAACGGAAGUGAGGUAUGAUACAGGCAUUCAAUUUGUCUUCAGACAUCCCUGUGUACUAUGCUAAUGCAUUCUGUCAGGCUAGUGACCUGGCAGCACAGGCAACCCAUUGGCUAUUUUGUGUUCACGAUCGACCUGUGACGAAACGCGGACAUGCAGUCAACAGCAAGUCCUGAAGGACCUACACUGAAUCCUUUCUCAGGUGCAGAUGUCCUUUCUACCUUGGAACAAUACGAUGAUGUUGUGUCAUGGAUCAACGACGUCUUAGAUCCCACACAUGCUACUAAAGCGGACGAAGAACUCGACGCUGCAACGAGUCUCGUAGACCUUGAUCGACGUGUGUCCAGCCUAGUUGGAGUCCUUGAAGUUGCCAGCGAAGAUACAUCCUCACAAGUAGAGCGUCUCAUAGAUGCUAUCUCUCGCGGUGCCGCCAGACUCACCUACGACCUACAUUUCAUGCGCGAAGGAGCGAUCUCCCUUCAAUCCCUCCUUCACGAUGUCGAAACCAAAACCAAAACCUCCGUCGCAGCUGACACGUCCGCCGCACUCGACCAACUGCACCUCCUCGAUCGUGCAAAGCACAACAUGAUCGCAGCUAGAGAAGUCCUCCGUGAAGCCGAAAGCUGGUCCACGCUCGAAUCCGACGUGACGUCUCUCCUAAGUGAACAUAACUACGAGAAAGCUGCGGAACGACUAUCUGAAGCAAACAAGAGCAUGGUCGUGUUCCAUAACACUCCCGAGUACGAUAAUCGACGCACGCUCAUGGUGAGCUUGCAAAACCAAUUGGAGGCUUCGUUGAGUUCUGCACUGGUGGCUGCUGUCAAUUCCCAGGAUGUUGUUGUCUGUCGGAACUAUUUCUCGAUAUUCUGUAAUAUCCAACGGGAGUCCGAGUUUAGGAAUUAUUACUAUGGGUCAAGGAGAGCUCCCCUCACUGAGGCUUGGCAAGGUGCUCAGUUCGUGGAAGGCGGAGACGUCACGGCUGGCACAACGGCGAUUACGUUCGCACAGUUUCUGGCGACGUUUUACAACUCGUUUGUGUCCGUUCUUCAGACGGAACGAACCUCUAUACCCGCCAUCUUCCCUGACCCUCAACCCACGCUGGCGACGCUCAUCACAUCCACGCUAUCCGCUCUGCAACCUACAUUCUCCCAACGACUCUCUUCCCUUUCUGCGCAUUAUGGUUCUACAGCAUUACCAGAACUCAUCAGAGUGUACAAAGCGACAGAAGAGUUUGCCGUUUCGGCAGAAAAGAUACUCGAGAAGAUUGGCUACUCUCUCCCGCUCUCACCGAAUCCUAACGGAGAACGACCCACGAAACAUUCCAGACGUCGGUCGUCGAGAUUGUCAAUAUCUGGGAGGAUGAAUUUACCGUCGUCUUCUGGCGGGGCCGUGAACCUCGGAUCUGAGGCAUUGGCGAUGUUGGACUGGGACCAAGAUUUAUUCGAGCCUUUCGUCGACUUCCAAGUGGAUUACAGCAAUCUGGAACGCAAGUUGCUCACGAACGCUCUGCAGGGGAUCAUGAAUGGAGACGUCCAAACAAGCACUGAUCGUUCACGCCUUCUUCGGGAGAGAUCUGUGGACGUCUUUAGCGUUGCCGAAGAAUCUAUAACCCGUUGCGUGGCAUUUACACAUGGGUACGGAUUCGUUAGCUUGGUCAGGGCGCUCGACGGAUUCUUCGCACAUUUUGCAGAACAAUCUAAAGGGGAGAUCGCUGAACGCAAAAUGGCGCAGGGAGGUCAAUUGUCUACUUCAGCUUCAGGGGACCUUUCGGACUUGGAUUAUACCUCUGAGGACUGGUCAGAGAUCCAAAGCCUCCUGCACCUCUUAGAGGCUGUCAGGACACUGAAGGAGAGGUUGGGGUCAUUUGAGGGGAAGUUGAGAGGGAGUUUGGGACCAGUGUCAAAUGCGAUUCAGGCGGCGAGGCAGAACCCUGUUGGGUUUGAUGUCUCGGGUACGACGAGAGGAGCUAUUCAACUCCUUGCUCAGUCGACUCUUAAUUCGGCGGAGUUGCAGGCGAUGUUGAGCGCAGUUGAGCCAUCGUCGCAAGGGCAUAGGAAUGAUAAUUUCCUCACUCCCGCUACACCGGACCCUCGACGAACUCCACUCACACCUAUGCACCCUCUCCCGACGUACCAACCGCCUCUGCUCAUUGAAGCAUACGAAGCCUUGUCCAACUUUGCCAAAGCGUGUCAGAUCGCACUCCAAGAUACGAUCCUUCGUCCAUUACGAAAACGUCUCGCAUCUUACCCAUCCUUGUCAAUGUGGUCUCAAACGGAAUCCAAAUCCAAACGUGCCGGAGGUACGACUGGGAGCGCUCUGAGUGAAGUUCACGUACCGACGUUUUCGCUUUCUCCUACGGAAACGAUUCAGAGAGUUGCAGAAGGGUUGUUGAACCUGCCAAGGUUGUUUGAAGUGUAUGCAGAUGAUGAUGCAUUGUCGUUUUCUCUGGAGACAUUGCCGUUUGUGACGGCUGAGUUGUUGAAGAGUCUUGCUGAACCAGUUGCCUUACUUCCGACUCAACCGCCGAAUCCACACUCUCGUCGUUCGCCUUCGCUCUCACUCAAAACAACACCUCCCGCCGCUGUUCCUGCCGCCCAACCUCCUCAUCCAGAACCAGAGUAUGAAUUUUCACCAGAAUCGGUAUCGGCCAUUUGGCUAUCUUCGCUUAGUCUUUCGUUGCUUUCACACCUUACGGGAGACGUACUCCCAAGUAUAAGGACACUGAGCUCGGGUGGCGCAAGUCAGUUGGCUUCGGAUUUGGGGUAUCUAAGUAGGACUGUAAUGGCGUUGAAUGUGGAAAGCGAGGAGUUGGAGAGAUGGAAGGAGUUUGUGGAGGUGGAUGAUCAAACUGGGAAAGCGAGAGUAAAGGAAAAUGGGAGGGGAGAUGCGGUGUUGAAUAUGGUUGCAAGGUUGAGGGGAUGGAAUGUCUGAUACCCUGUAUGCAGUAGAAGGGAUACAUACCGCUUCACUUUCCGACAUUCAGCUCAAAGUCGGACAUUCAUGAUCCGGCAUACGCAUUCAGUCAAGGGGGAAUGAAUUGCGGGGCCGCUGGAAUGCUUCGAUCACGGAGAUAUACAAAGGCUCUGAGGGUUCUGUCAAGUAUGAAUUGAAUGCACUGAUGAUGCAAUAGCAAAGCACAAUGGAUGAAGCAACAAAGCGUACUAAUACUACGGAUUGACAGGCCCGAUUGUAGCACAAGUCCAUGAUAUUUCAAGGUGUUAGCGGUAAGUUCGGAAAAGGUACGCACGGCUAGCGGCAUGCACAUUCGUCGCCAUUGUGAACCACAAAUACCCAAGCUAUAGAUGGAGCCGGCAAGAAGUUCAGAUGACCAAGUAUAGAGCAAAACGUGGGUUGACGGGUUGGAAAUCGGGACAGCCGAAACACCCAGAGAGCGUGAUGGCACGGCAGAGGGAAAACCAAAGAACGAACGGGUAUGGCGACAGAGAGCGAACGUGGGGAAGAAGUCUAUUGCGUAUGUGAAGGACGGUGUGAUGAAAGCCGGCAGGCACUGCAGAGACAUAAGAAAGAGGCUAGCAUGGGCGAAUGGGCGUGCCAGAACUAGUGUCUAAGGACGAUCUCCGCUGGUUUAGAGGAGUCAUGCGCUGGAUUGUGGCAGGAUGGACAGGUCAAACCGGGGGUCUUAUGACGCUUGGCAAGCGCAAUACGACGCAAGAGCCGAGCGCGACCACCACACAGACCACUCUUUUCUUCCGGGGCCCUCUGGUAACACGCACAUCCUUCUCCCAUCCCUCGCUCGCAACGACCACUGACGAACCGGACCACGACAGCACACGAUAAUGAGCAAUGACCGAACUCCGUCGAAAUCGCCGGCAAGACGGGCGUCUUUGAUAUCCGCGCUCUCAGCAAAGAUUGGAAAAGUGCUGGGCGACGUCGACGAGAACCACAGCACGAGGCGCAGCGACUUCGACGACAGAUCGUCUGUGAACACCAAGACGGAGAUGGUGGAAGAAGGACAAGGUGAGUACCAGCGAAGAGUUGAAUUGUGCGGGGCGAUAAGGCAGGAGUGCUUAUCGGGGGGCUGGGAGCGAUAAGGGAGCUGGGUGACUGACUAGUACCCAGUGGUGGACAGUUUCUGCUAUCGGCUGCCCACACUAGUCUGCGGCUACACACUGAUCCUUGAGAUGGUUUAUUCGACCUCCAAGCUUAAUUCCCUAUGUUGCUGUAUAUGCUGUGUGAACCCCUGAACGCU